AAAACCAAAACCAAUCUUCCCCAGACCACAUCACGCUCCUUCGUCAUGACAUCUCUCGCCGCAGGUCUGUCAAAAGCGCUCCCAGCUCCCAAAUAUUCCGCCGAGGAAGAUGUUACAGCCAGCCGGAAACCCACUGCACGAGUGCUCGGGGGGGGUGACCCUGACCAACAGGGCUUAAUUCUUAAGAGAACUGGUCCGCCCCCAUACGGUCGGCGAUCAGCAUGGCGACCUCGAUCAGCAGACGACUUCGGGGAUGGAGGUGCCUUUCCCGAGGUUCCGAUGGCACAAUACCCGCUCGACAUGGGUCGCAAAAGGUCGGGAACUAGUAAAGCUCUUACUCUCCAGGUCGACAAUGAAGGGAAAGUGAAGUACGAUGCAAUUGCCCGACAAGGCCAUAAUGAUAAGCGAAUAGUACACGCGUCAUUCAAAGAUCUUAUCCCCCUCCGCCAGCGCGCAGACGUGGGCGAGAUUUCAUUAGAGAGGCCCUCGGAAGAGGAUGUAGCGGCUACAACGGAGAAGACAAGGCAGGCAUUGGCAAGGUUAGUUUCGGGUGCCGUGGCCGCUCAGAAGCCGAAGAAUGUCAAGGGGACGAACAGAAAGGACGCUCAGUAUGUCCGCUAUACACCGUCAAAUCAACUCGGUGACACGACCAAGCGCAGCGACAAGAUCAUCAAGAUUGUGGAACGACAGCAGGACCCUAUGGAACCACCGAAAUUCAAGCACAAGAAGAUCCCCCGAGGACCUCCGUCCCCACCUCCCCCUGUCAUGCACUCACCUCCGCGGAAACUGACGGCAGCAGAUCAGGAAGCAUGGACUAUUCCACCCCCAGUCUCGAAUUGGAAGAACCCUAAGGGAUACACAGUCCCGCUUGAUAAACGUCUAGCAGCCGACGGCCGCGGACUCCAGGACGUUACCAUUAACGACAAAUUUGCACAGUUUGCCGAAGCGCUCUUCACCGCCGACCGGCAUGCAAGAGAAGAGAUCAAACAGCGGGCAUUAAUGCAGCAAAAAUUAGCCGAGAAGGAGAAAUCACAGAAAGAAGAGCACCUGCGAAUGUUGGCACAGAAGGCCAGGGAGGCCGCUCACACUGAUUCUAGGUCAGACGAUGAGGCACGGAAAAUGCAAAUGUUAGCUAGGGAGCAGGGGCGCGAUAUUGGUGAGAAGAUAGCACUGGGUCUCGCGAAGCCGACACAGAGUCAAGAAACGAUGUGGGAUUCAAGAUUGUUCAAUCAGUCAUCUGCCUUUGGCGCGGGCUCCGGCUUCAACGAGGAUCAGCCGUACGAUAAACCGCUCUUUGCAGCGCAGGAAGCAGCGAACAGCAUCUACAGGCCAAAAGUCAGUGUCGACGACGACGACGAGGACACUGCCCGCAGCGAGAUGGACAGAAUAAAGAGGAAUUCUCGAUUUGAAGUCCUUGGGAAAGCGCAACAGGGGUUCAGAGGUGCUGCUGACGCUGAGGCCCGUGACGGCCCCGUCCAAUUCGAAAAAGACGCCGCGGACCCAUUUGGUGUUGAAGCGUUUGUUAAAGCCGCAGGUGAGAAAGCCGGUACCAAACACGGACUACAAGAGCGAGAUUCUUCGCCCGGAGGAAGUAAGCGGUCGAGAGCAAAUUAUAUGUGAUUUUUUUUCCUCUUAUUUUCUUCCCCCCCACUCGACGCCAACGGUGCCAAUUUGGAAAUUUGGUAGCGGAGACCACUCAAUGAUGGAAGCGGGUGGCAGAUGAAGGGGGAGGUGGCUUGCGAUCUUGUAUACCAUCAUGAUUUUCCUUUCCUUUCCUUUCCUUUCCUUUCCUUUCCUUUUUUUUUUAAUGCACUCUCUCCUGUAUUUGGAUCCUUCUUGAUGAGUGGGGGAUAAAAAUUAUAUCAUAAUUCCGUUUCUAUCAGGGCGCUCUCUUUUAAAUUCUUGAGAUGUGGAUGUGGGGUUCUCAUCGAGUGAGUGGGUGAGCUUUUGUGAUCAUGGUAGUUGGUGACUAAUUGGAGUAUAUCCGUUUACCCACAGGGUGUGCUAGCACUUGAACCCCAUAUACCGCUCGGCGUUCUUAUAUGAUACGUAAAAUAUUGACCAUUAUCAUGGUUGUAUGGAAGGAAGGAAGAAAGGAAAAGAAAGAAAGGAGGGAAAUCUACCUCUCGCCAACACCCAAUGCUUCCAUGGGCCUGCGCCAAUACCCGCGUCCUCUAGCGACGAAACCACAUCUCCACUUACGAUACUCUGCCGAAAGAAAGGAACUACGUAUGAUACCCUACUUUAUCUAUUGGUCCCAUCAAUCUCGAGUCGGACUCUGUGCUACCAUAUCUCGCGUGUGUGGGGGGGGGGCAACCACUAUCGUGAGAAAUCACCUGUGCCAUCGUCCGAUGUGUCCUGUGGAGGGAGCUGCGAGAACCCACUCGGGACAACUCGCGGUAGAUAGACUAUCUAAUCUGCACGAUCUGGGGCUACGGCUGAUGAUAUGGGCUAUUGGCAUCUUAGGGUUGAAGGGUUGGGUUGGGUUUUCACGCUGGCCUCAAGGAGAAUCAGUGUUGGUGCAGUAUCGGAUUCCAAAAAAUUGAGUCUUUUUCUUUCUUUUCUUUUCUUCCCCUAGCAUGUUUGAAUGUUUGAUAUCGUUGAUUAGUCUAAGAGUGUUAUUUCUUCGGCAACGUUUUCUUGGGGUGCGUUCUCUUUACUUAGGUUCCGGGUAGUGUGUUAGGCUGCUGUGCAUCGUGCCAAACAAGAGGUAUCAUAGGUUUAAGGGAGGGAGGGAGAGGUUUUGAGAUUGCGCAGGUAUCAUAUGAUGGAAGUUUCUGCGGUGUCCAAUAGCAUCGCUAGAAGCAUUCAAAAGCUGUAAGUUGCAUUCAAUCAUAUCCAUUGUAGUAGUCUAAUGAGAAAA